AUGAGCGGCCUCCGAUUUCUUGAUCUGAUCAAACCCUUUACGCCCCUCCUACCGGAGGUGGCAGCGCCGGAGUCCAAAAUACCCUUCAACCAGAAGUUGAUGUGGACAGGAUGUACACUUUUGAUAUUUUUGGUCAUGAGCCAGAUGCCUUUGUACGGCAUCGUCUCCUCUGACACCUCCGAUCCUCUUUACUGGCUGCGUAUGAUGUUGGCUAGUAAUCGAGGAACGCUGAUGGAGUUGGGUACCACGCCCAUCAUUUCAUCAGGCAUGGUCUUCCAGCUCCUUGCCGGUACUCACCUCAUCGAUGUCAAUCUCGAUCUCAAGUCCGAUCGCGAACUCUACCAGACCGCACAGAAGCUGUUCGCCAUUAUCCUGUCUUUCGGUCAAGCCUGCGUUUUCGUCCUUACUGGUCUUUACGGCCAGCCAAGUGACCUCGGUGCCGGUAUCUGCCUCCUCUUGAUCGUUCAGCUAGUUAUCGCUGGCUUGGUUGUCAUCCUGCUUGACGAGCUGCUGCAAAAGGGCUAUGGUCUUGGAUCUGGAAUCUCAUUGUUCAUUGCGACAAACAUCUGCGAGUCGAUCAUCUGGAAGGCAUUCUCCCCCACCACCAUCGAUACCGGCCGUGGAAAGGAGUUUGAAGGUGCAGUCAUUGCUCUUUUCCAUCUGCUCGUCACCUGGCCAGACAAGACGCGCGCGCUCCGUGAGGCUUUCUACCGACAACACCUCCCUAAUGUCAUGAACCUGUUGGCCACUUUGACUGUCUUCGCGGCGGUCAUCUACCUCCAAGGUUUCCGCGUCGAAAUCCCCGUCAAGUCCUCCCGCCAACGUGGCAUGCGCGGCUCGUACCCUGUCCGUCUCUUCUACACCUCCAACAUGCCCAUCAUGCUGCAAUCGGCUCUCGCAUCCAACAUCUUCAUGAUCAGCCAGAUGCUCUACACUCGCUUCUCGGACAACUUGUUGGUCAAGCUGAUCGGUACCUGGGAACCAAGAGAAGGAUCCUCUCAGCUCUACGCUUCCGGUGGUGUCGCAUACUACAUGUCUCCUCCUUUGAGCUUCCGUGACGCUCUCCUCGACCCGAUCCACACCGUCAUCUACGUCACCUUCAUCAUCGUCACCUGUGCAGUCUUCUCCAAGACCUGGAUCGAGGUUUCUGGCUCGGCUCCCCGCGACGUCGCCAAGACACUGAAGGAGCAAGGUCUCGUCAUGGCCGGACAUCGUGAGCAGAGCAUGUACAAGGAGCUCAAGCGUGUCAUCCCCACCGCUGCCGCUUUCGGUGGUGCUUGUAUCGGCGCUCUCUCUGUUGCAAGCGACAUGCUUGGUGCUUUGGGCAGCGGUACUGGUAUUCUUCUGGCAGUCACCAUCAUCUAUGGCUACUUCGAGAUCGCAGCGAAGGAAGGCGAUUUCGGCCAAAGUGUCAAGGGCCUCAUCGCCUAG